AUAUAUUUAUUACUUUUCUGGGGAGGUAAAUCCUUUUGCUUUAUUUGGGAAAGGAUUUCAGGGGUUUUCAGAAGGGACAAUUGGUGUCGAAGCCACUAAUGGUGUCGACAAGCCUUUGGUGCCUUUCAUAGAGUUUUGCAGGUAGUUUGUCUCUCUUUUUGAGUCCCAUUAAGAUAUGCAACCUCUUCAUCUUCAAACUUCACUCAUAAUUUCAGAUUUGAAAUUUGCUCUAUUUGAUAUCCUCCUUGAAUUCCUACCAUAGUCCAUAACCAAUCUAACCUAUCUACUUCUUUCCAUUACCCCUAUUUACUUCCUAAUGCCAAGGGCAUGAGUUAUAUCACCAAUUCUCAGCUUCUUGAUUUCUCAAUAGAUCUUAAUUCCGGAAGCUAGACCAUGUGCAAUUACGAGCCCAUCACAGCCCUUAAGCUUAGUAUAGGCAACAAUGAGCUCAAUGUAGAGCUAAUAGUCCGUGGUCCAUCACCAUCAAAGACGUCUAUGUCUUCGCCUUCAGUUCCGUCAUUAAGUAGUCCAGCCAAAUCGCGAAUUUUUUUGUGCAACUAUUGCAAGAAAAUAUUCCACAGUUCACAAGCUUUAGGAGGCCACCAGAACGCCCAUAAACUCGAGAGAACCUUAGCUAAGAUGAGCAGAGAAGUAAGUUCGUCCCUUCAGCCCCGUUCGGGUCCUAACCAUCGAUCAUCACCGCCCGGAUCGUCCAUCUCUAGUCGACGGCAAGGCCAGCCGUACAAUAUUGGCCAGGGCUAUCAUCAUCAUCAGCGGAAGCAGCAUCAAGGAAAUGGACGAUUUGUUAAUGAAAUGAGCUACCGGAGACUGGAGAGCCGUCAAUGUUGGAUUGAUGAUGGAGCCGAACCCGAAAUUGCUCAAGAAGAUUACAACAAGAUCGAUUUGUCUUUAAGGUUGUGAAAAUAGUUUCAAAUUGCUUCUACUACUACGUACUAUUAAAUCUUGGUACCUUUCGUUGUUGUUUGUAUUCUGUGAGAGUAGUACUUUAGAUUUCGGCGGGCGCAUAUUUUGUAACAGAAGAAAAGACGAUUAUAAAAUCAAUAUAUGAAGGUUUUAAAACUCAAAAGAUAAAUUGGGUUCUCAAACAAGUUAGCUAAAAACCAUCAAGCAUUACACAAGCAACUUCAUUCAAAUCAACCAAUCACAAACUGAUGAAACGC